AUGCCCGCCAGCAUGUUCAGCAUCGACAACAUCCUGGCCGCCCGGCCGCGCUGCAAAGACUCGGUGCUGCCCGUGGCGCCCAGCGCCGCGGCUCCCGUCGUCUUCCCGGCCCUGCACGGGGACUCGCUCUACGGCGGCGGCGGCGGCGGCGGCGCCUCCUCGGACUAUGGCGCCUUCUAUCCGCGCCCCGUGGCCCCCGGCGGCGCGGGCCUCCCGGCCGCGGUCGGCGGCUCCCGCCUCGGCUACAACAACUACUUCUACGGGCAGCUGCACGUGCAGGCGGCGCCCGUGGGCCCGGCCUGCUGCGGGGCCGUGCCGCCGCUGGGCGCCCAGCAGUGCUCCUGCGUCCCGACGCCCCCAGGCUACGAGGGCCCCGGCUCGGUGCUGGUGUCCCCGGUCCCGCACCAGAUGCUGCCCUACAUGAACGUGGGCACGCUGUCGCGCACCGAGCUGCAACUUCUCAACCAGCUGCACUGCCGGCGGAAGCGGCGGCACCGCACCAUCUUCACCGACGAGCAGCUGGAAGCGCUGGAGAACCUCUUCCAGGAGACCAAGUACCCAGACGUGGGCACCCGCGAGCAGCUGGCCCGGAAGGUGCACCUCCGCGAGGAGAAAGUGGAGGUCUGGUUUAAAAACCGCCGUGCCAAAUGGAGGCGGCAGAAGCGGUCCUCGUCGGAGGAGUCGGAAAACGCCGAGAAGUGGAACAAGACGUCGUCCAAGGCGUCGCCCGAGAAGAGGGAAGAGGAAGGUAAAAGCGAUUUGGACUCGGACAGCUGA